AUGAGGAUGAGGAGGUACUACUUCAAAGAACACAACUUCAACAUGAAGGGAGAUCUCUGGGGACUAGUCAGGCUGCCGGCUCCAGGAGAAAGUUGGUUCACGCCGGUGAGCGAGCGGUACAAGAGGAAGGUGAUCCGGGACAUGACCAUGAUGGUGGUGGGCCGGCCUGCGCGCUCCUGCAACUUCCUCCAGUGGAGGGACCUGAAGAUUAAAGAUCGGAGGUAUGCCAGUCUGUACUUCUGUGUUGGGAUGGAGUCCGAGGACAAUGAGCUGCUCACCCUGGAGGUACUGCACCGAUACGUGGAGAUGCUGGACAAAUACUUUGGCAAUGUCUGUGAACUGGACCUAAUCUUUAACUUUGAGAAGGCCUAUUACAUCCUGGAUGAGUUCCUGAUGGGAGGAGAAGUUCUUGAAACCUCCAAAAUAGAUAUUGGAGUAGCAAUUGAGGAUGCAGAUGUACUUCAAGAGACAUUGGAAGAGUACAUGAGCAAACCAACCUACUGAGUUGUGUUGGAAGUGUGAAGAUUCCUUUUAUACCUGUAAAAACCUGCCCAGGAAGGUUGAUGAUGUUGUGAUGAGCAUUUGGUCAUCUUUCGAAUGUUGUAUUGUAAUGUAUUUGAAGGACAAAUAUGCUGACGGUGCCUUUCUAAAUUCUCCAUAUCUAUGAAUGUAUUUACAAUAAACUAUC